UAAUAAUUAUUAAUCUCGAUAAUAUCAGCACUGAUCAAAUGUAAUUUGUAUAUCUUUUUGAAAUAGAAAAAGUCAACUGUCGUCAUUUCUAUUUCUGGUACAUUAUACUUUCAACGAGAGUUUCUUUCAACGCAUAAGCAGGAGAAAUUCUUGGAAAAUAUUUUCUGAAGAUUGCUAUUCUCGAAAUGCUGAGUUUCAUCACCGUGAAAUAAAAAUGAUCGCAAUAUCAUUUCCUUUGUCAAACAAAGUUCAACCCUUCGACAAUGUGUCGUCGAAUAGUCAUCUAUCAAAUACACCCCUCGAUGAGUUGUCAAUACUGCUUUUCUCUUCUCUCCUCCUUCCGUGCUCAAACACGACCCGAAAAAAGAAACUUCUCUUUCGCUCGAUUACUCUUCGCGUUUCGUGCCGCGGAAUCGCCGAUGCCGAUCACGCGAUGAUCCCUCGAGAUUCUCAAUUAGCCGAGUGUCGAUACGGGGUGCGGAGUUUGGAGUGAGAUAGCACCUUUCGGGCAAAUAAUGGCGAGGGAAAAAAAGGCACAAGUGUCCCUUGGUCGGUGCCGAAAGUGAAAGCAAGGAUCUCAAGGACUUUGCCGGAUCCUCUUCAGUCACCUCUCCAACUUCAUGUCUUUCUCUCUUUCCCUCCUCUCUUUACCCGGCUUGAGUAGGUGUUCCAGCCGUAGGUGUUCCUCGGCCGACCGACGAGGGGCGUAGAGGAGAACGAGCAGGGGCGGAAGGAAGAGGAGGAGAAAGAAGAGGAGAAGAUGGUGCACGGGGAAGGAUGUGUGUUGGAGGUCGCGAGACGCGGAUGAGGCGAGGAACACGCACACACCGGGGGUCGCGCAUGCGUCCGCCACCAUCGGGUAGAGAACGUUCGACGUUUUUUUCAGUCACCGGUCGACGCUGCGCCGGGCAUCGUCGUCGUCGUGAACACGGCCGCGAUCGCGCGGCGUUCAGCUGCUGGCUACCACCACCGUACCCGUACGCGUUGUCCACGCUCGACGCCCGCCUCGCGGACAACAGCCCGCGCUAGUGCCCUCGUGUCCGCGCGACCGACGUCGCGGUCGAUAGGCCCGCACCCGACGAGAGUGUCGGAUACACAGCCAGGUGGUGGACCACCCGGAAGAAGAGAACGUGAAGGAAGAGGAAGAGGAAGAGGAAGAGGUGGUGGUGGUGGUGGUGGUGGCGGCGGCGGCGGUGUGCAGUGAAUCAGUUCUCGGCCACGCGCUUCACGUGCUUCACUCCUUCUCCGAGACUCCGGAGGUCGCGCCGUCGAGGGAGUUCUCUUAUUUUCGAGGGAGAAGGACCUCGCCACGUAUUAUCGAGUGACAUCGUGGCGGGAAUCGCGGCGCGAUUGCAUCCUCCGCGGGCAAUAUCGCGAUACCAGGGCAAGGUUACUGCGCGCUCGCCACGUCCCCAGGUGAGAAGCGCAGGUGAGAGAAAUCACCGGGCAGGCGCGUCGAGAGGUGCAACUCCGCACCUGGCUUCGCUAUCUACCCCGGUUCCGGCGUAAGAUGCGAUCGGCGGGCACUCGCCCGCUACGUCGAUCGCGACAGUGCUGACCUGCCCGCGUCGGCCGUCGGGAUUAAGACACGUCGAGUGUAUCGGGGAAAGAGACACUCGUCGUUGUCGUCAUCAUCAUCAUCAUCCGCGACGGGAGGAUUGGCGCAACGAAAUCGAGAGCACGGGUCAUCCCCCGGUGACGACACCGAGAACGACCGAUCGUUCGCGCGAUUAGUCAAUAGCGAGUCCGGACCGUGCAGCAAGAUCAGGCGAUGAGAAUCUCCCCCCGAACGGCCAAGGAGUCCCGGAACCGUCGCCUCACGCAGUCCCGGGCGCCGAGGAGGCCGCGACGUCGUUGAAGGCCUCCGAAAUCUGGCUGGAGAAACGCCGCGUUCGCGCGAGAGAGAGGGGCACUCGAGGUACCCGAGGAUGUCGCUGCACUACCCUCAGGGAUACCGGUACCGAUCUGCGUCGAGGGCGAUCAGCGGGACCGGGAUCGGCGAGCAGGGCUCCGACAGCGACGUGGCGGAGCUCAGCGACCUCGAGGACGACGAGGACGAGGAUGGGGCUCGCGUGUCCGCCGAUAGGCGAGCGGCCGAGGAGGAGGACGAGGACGAGGACGACGAAAACGGUAUGGACAACGAGGACAACGAGGACGACGACGACGACGACGACGACGACGAUGACGACGAUGAGGAUGAUGACGAUGAGGACGAGGAGGAGGAGGCCGAGAGUCUACCCUAUCCAGGCUUCAUUCCGAUCGCUCUCAAAUAUCUCGACCAGACCACACGACCGCGCAACUGGUGUCUCGCGCUGAUUACUAAUCCGUGGUUCGAAAGAGUCAGCAUGAUGGUGAUUCUUCUGAAUUGCAUCACACUCGGGAUGUACCAACCGUGCGUGGACGAUCAGUGUGUAACGAAUCGAUGUAAGAUACUGCAGAUGUUCGAUGAUAUCAUUUUUGCCUUCUUCUCCUUGGAGAUGACCAUAAAGAUGGUGGCGAUGGGGAUUUAUGGUAAAGGAACUUAUCUCGCGGAUUCCUGGAAUAGAUUAGAUUUCUUUAUAGUGUUGGCUGGCGCUAUGGAAUACUGCCUAAAUGUGGAAAAUAUGAAUCUGUCAGCCAUCCGAACGAUAAGAGUAUUAAGGCCAUUACGGGCGAUCAAUCGAAUACCAAGUAUGAGGAUAUUGGUGAUGCUGCUGCUCGACACACUUCCCAUGCUGGGCAACGUCUUGUUACUGUGCUUCUUCGUCUUCUUUAUAUUCGGCAUCGUCGGUGUGCAGCUGUGGGAGGGCAUACUGCGCCAACGCUGCUUCCUCAAGGCUCUGCCCAACAUCAAGUAUCCCGAGUUACUCUCGGACGAGUACUCGGUUCGAUCACGCAUUUACGAUCUGGAGAAAUAUUUCGAGUAUCAGGGUCAGGAUUACAUUUGUUCGCGUCCCGAUGACAACGGGAUGCACUCCUGCAGUAAUCUGCCGCCUCUCAAGUUAGGGAAUUUGGUGUGCAACAGUACCGCCGUGCCAAAUAGUAACAUCACGUUUAUCAACAAUGAAACCUGUGUUAAUUGGAACUACUACUACACCGAAUGCAAGGGCCAGGGCAACAAUCCAUUUCAAGGAACAAUUUCAUUCGAUAACAUCGGUCUCGCCUGGGUUGCUAUAUUUCUUGUAAUUAGUCUGGAAGGGUGGACGGACAUAAUGUAUUACGUGCAAGACGCCCAUUCUUUCUGGGACUGGAUAUACUUCGUUCUCCUGAUAGUCAUCGGCUCGUUCUUCAUGAUCAAUCUCUGCCUGGUCGUAAUCGCGACGCAAUUCUCGGAAACGAAAAAACGGGAAAUGGAGAGGAUGCGACUGGAACGCGCGCGUUACCAUUCGACCUCGACGCUCGCAUCGUCCACGAAUACCUCGGAGCCUACUACUUGUUACGCCGAAAUCGUCAAAUACAUUGCACAUCUCUGGCGACGAGGUAAACGAAGACUGAUGAAGAGAUAUCGCCUGUGGCUGUACAGGAGGCAGCAGAAGCGGGAGCAGAAUCUACUCAAGGAUCAGCAGAGUCAAGUGUCUCGUUCGAACGUCGCUGCUGUCGGACCGAAUCGCGUACCGGGCGAUAGAAGACUGCAUCACGGACGGUGUCCGCGGCUCCUUGCCGCGCUGGAAUAUGCGGAGCAACAGCAACAGCAGCAGCAACAGGCUGUCAACGGUAACGGCGGAUCUGUCGCCGAUUUUGCCACGAUCAUAUCUCCGACGCAAUCGGCGGUGGCAAUCGCCGCCCCCGCGAGCGUCGGCAAUAGCGUCGGUAGUGGAAACCUGGGCACCGCACCUCGUGCCAGCCCUGAGCUUUCCGAGGCGGAGGCUUCCACGAACAUAUGCCACAGAUUGAGCGUUCACCGCACUUCCUCUGUGUCCAACGGAAGCGACAAUGACGUCAUGAGAAACGUGCCCGAGACGAAGAGCACGUUGAGUCCACCAUGUACUGUCUAUCGGAGAAGAAGCAGCGUAAUGUUUAGCGACGUAGUAUUGCUCCAUGGCAGCAAUAAUGUCGGGAAUGCGUUGCAGCCGGGGUUGACGGUGACACCGGGCGAACGUAACGUCUGCUCGAGCGAGAAGAUGACACAGACGGGCGAUGGUAACGUUUGGUCCAGUCCACUGUCGGACCACGCACAGAUGCAAGCCGAGCUUGGUGGUAACGAGGCUAUGACGUGUCAGGAAUUGUUGGCUCUCAGCGGUGCUCUCAGCGCUGCUCUGCCUACGGGUCAACUAGCGCUCGAUUCGUUCCUAAAUUCUCUCACGAAAGGUAUAACAGAUCGUCACAUCACGUUGGAAGAUCGCACGCAGUGGCUGACGUCCGACGUUGACAAUUGUUCCUGUUGUUGCGAGCUGCAGGGAGGUGAUCAGUGGCCGGACGACGGCGAGAAGUGGCAAAAAUCUUCGCGGCCUAGACAGUUUCUGAGACGCUCCGCCAGCUGUUGUAUUUGCACGUUACGCUGCAUAAGACGAUGGAUCAAAAAACUUGUCGAGCACAAAUACUUCCAGCAGGGUAUUCUACUGGCGAUCCUCAUCAACACUUUAAGCAUGGGAAUCGAGUAUCAUAAUCAGCCGGAACAAUUAACGGUAGCCGUUGAGAUAAGCAACAUCGUAUUCUCGGCCAUCUUUGGGGUGGAAAUGUUGCUUAAGGUAAUAGCGGAAGGUCCAUUCGGUUAUAUCAGUAACGGCUUCAACGUCUUCGACGGCAUCGUCGUCAUCCUGAGCGUCGUCGAGCUCUGCCAGUCAGUCGUGGAAGAGCGCAGUGGCAGUUCCGGUUUGAGUGUCUUGCGUACCUUCCGCCUUCUCAGGAUCCUGAAGCUGGUGCGAUUUCUGCCCAAUCUGCGACGUCAGCUCUUCGUGAUGCUGCGCACCAUGGAUAACGUUGCCGUAUUCUUUUCUCUUUUAGUACUUUUCAUCUUUAUAUUCAGCAUCCUAGGAAUGUACCUGUUCGGGGGUAAGUUUUGCAUGUGGGCGGACCGGAGUCGGCCCUGCACCUGUGCCGAGGUGGUCUCACGGCACCCAAUGUGUCGCUGUGAUCGCAAACAUUUCAACGACAUCGUCUGGGCACUAGUCACUGUUUUUCAGAUCCUCACACAGGAAGAUUGGAACGUCGUUCUCUUCAACGGCAUGCAGAAGACGUCUCAUUGGGCUGCGCUUUAUUUCGUAGCGUUGAUGACUUUUGGCAAUUAUGUCCUCUUUAAUCUUCUGGUCGCAAUUCUCGUUGAAGGUUUCUCGUCAGAGAGAAAUGAGAGGAGAGAACGAGAGCAGAGAGAAUUGGCGAAAAGACUCGCUGCAAAAGAGGCUGGAAUGGGCAGCGAGGACGGAUCAUCGAGAAUAUCGGGAUCGCAUUCGAUCUCUGACAGCGAUACGUAUACUCAGGAUCAGAAAAAUUCGUGGCAGAGCGCAGAAGAGCUUAGAAAGUAUAAGGACAACAGGGAAAAGCAGAACAGCGUGUGGAAGCAGCAGAUCGAUGAACCCAAGUGUAACAUCCAGAAAGAGAGCAAGAUGAUGGGUGUGGCGGGUCAGCCGCCGAUAAUCACUCAUACAGCAGCCACUCCUCAAGACUCCCCGAACACCACGUUGGACGUCGGCUACAGAGACCUCAAUUGCCGAGCAGUUUAUCCGGCUGCUGCCCUUUCAUUUGAAUCCAUCGAUCGAUCUGGCAGUCAGUGCAGUAUACCCUCGGGAUUGCAUACCCUAAAGUUGCCUGAUGUAUCCACCAAAAUACCGACAAAUAACUUAAUAACUGGUCAAUUCCCGAGACGCAUAAGCCUCGUUACGGCCGUUGUUAAUCCCUCGACGAGGGACUCAAGUUCUAGUCCACCGAGGGUACAAAGAGGAUACUCGUGGCGCUUAUCACGGCCAUCUUUGCGGAGGAAACGAUGGUCGCAAAGCGAUGACGAGCACACCGGCCACACUACUGUACUCAAUAACGGGCGCAGUACUCUUCUUGGAUCCAAUCUAACAUUUAAUGGCGGUUACUUACAUGGUUCGAUAAGAAACGAUACGCAACGCGACGCGCCCAAUAAUCGAACUACCGUCCUGACAAGCAAUAAUCGUAGUUUGAGUCCUAAUAAUUCGCUCGAGGGCCAUGGCCCAUGGUCGAUUCGUCGUUACACAAUUACGCCUAAUCAGAUGCGAUGGAUCGGCGAGCUUUCGCGAAGGAAUUCAUUGCGUGGAUACGAGAAUGUCCAGACGUCCACGAGGAAAACCCUACCGUUGGACGAAAUGCUCGCGCCGUCUUCGACCCCACGUACAAUCAACAAUCUUUCGAUAGAGACCGGUCCACUGCCGAGAAUCAAACGACACCACGAACAAGAAGAGGAACGUCCGAGGACGGCUGGCGAACAGACGCCGCCGUCGAACGGUCACGGUAGUGCAAGCAGUAUUGAGAAGAUAAAAAAAAUAUUCAUGUUCUUUGAACCUAAGGGUUGCCUACAGGAGCGCGAGAAUUAUUCUCUGUACUUAUUCCCACCAAAUAACAGAUUUCGCAUCGUGUGUCAACAGCUCGUUGAUAAAAAGUGGUUCGAUAACGUGGUAUUGCUAUUUAUUGGAUUAAAUUGCAUUACACUAGCAAUGGAACGACCGAAUAUACCGCCGGACAGUCGCGAGAGACUUUUUUUGGCCACCGCAAAUUAUAUUUUUACUGCCGUUUUUGCUAUCGAGAUGUUCGUUAAGGUCGUUGCAACAAGUAUGCUAUAUGGUCCAGACGCUUAUUUCACAUCAGGCUGGAAUAUUAUGGAUGGUGCUCUCGUUAUUAUUUCUAUAAUUGAUUUAUUGAUGUCAUUGCUUUCGUCCAGUAGUCCCAGAAUAUUUGGCAUAUUAAGGGUAUUUAGAUUACUGAGAUCACUGAGACCUCUGCGAGUCAUCAAUCGUGCGCCUGGCUUAAAAUUGGUUGUUCAGACGUUGCUGUCUUCAUUACGUCCCAUCGGCAACAUUGUUCUCAUCUGCUGCACGUUUUUCGUGAUCUUUGGUAUUCUCGGGGUACAGUUGUUCAAAGGUGCGUUUUAUUAUUGCGAGGGCCCGGAUAUCAAAAACGUACGCAAUAAAACGGACUGUCUGGCUGAUAAACGAAACAUGUGGCUGAACCGAAAGUAUAAUUUCGACGAUCUUGGCAAAGCUCUUAUGUCAUUAUUCGUCUUAUCAUCUCGAGAUGGAUGGGUAAACAUCAUGUAUACCGGCCUAGACGCUGUCGGGGUAGAUCAGCAGCCCAUCGAAAAUUACUCUGAGUGGCGGUUAUUAUAUUUCAUCGCGUUCAUAUUGCUGGUGGGUUUCUUCGUGCUGAAUAUGUUCGUCGGCGUGGUGGUCGAGAAUUUUCAUCGGUGCCGUGAAGAACAGGAGAAAGAGGAGCGCGUACGAAGGGCGGCUAAGCGCGCGUUGCAGAUGGAGAAAAAGAGACGAAAAAUGCACGAGCAGCCGUAUUACUCUCACUACUCUAAAGCGCGGUUAUUCGUUCAUAACGUUGUGACGUCCAAGUAUUUUGAUCUGGCGAUCGCCGCCGUUAUCGGUCUUAAUGUCGUUACGAUGGCAAUGGAGUUUUACAUGAUGCCAAAAGCGCUCACUUAUGCACUGAAAAUCUUUAAUUAUUUCUUUACCGCCGUAUUUAUUCUCGAAUCCAUAAUGAAACUUGUCGCCCUCGGCGUGCAGCUGUAUCUGAAGGAUAAAUGGAAUCAACUGGAUGUGGGGAUAGUGAUACUGUCAGUAGUCGGUAUCGUGCUAGAAGAAGUCGAAUCUAAAAUUAUCCCCAUUAAUCCCACGAUAAUUCGUGUAAUGCGAGUGUUGCGAAUAGCCCGAGUGUUGAAGCUUUUGAAAAUGGCGAAGGGCAUACGUGCCCUCUUAGACACGGUGAUGCAGGCGUUGCCACAGGUCGGCAAUCUGGGACUGUUAUUUUUUUUACUUUUCUUCAUAUUUGCCGCGCUAGGAGUGGAGCUUUUUGGUAGACUAGAAUGCAAUGAUGACAUGCCUUGCCAAGGUCUGGGUGAGCACGCGCAUUUUAGUAACUUUGGCAUGGCCUUUCUGACGCUUUUCCGAGUCGCCACCGGUGACAACUGGAAUGGAAUUAUGAAGGACACACUAAGGGACGAUUGCGACGAUGCGGCAGACUGUGUCAAAAAUUGUUGCGUGAGCAGUAUUAUCGCUCCGAUAUUUUUUGUAAUUUUUGUUCUGAUGGCGCAAUUUGUACUAGUGAACGUCGUCGUUGCCGUGCUGAUGAAGCAUUUGGAGGAAAGUCACAAACAGAUGGAAGAUGAACUUGAUAUGGAAUCGCAGUUGGAGAGAGAAUUAGCGGCGGAGCAGGAAGAACUUCUUGAGGAAGGUGAUGAAGAUGACGUAGCCAUGAAUGGUAGAAUAGAUGGCAACGAAGACGAUGAUGACGAUAAGGAGUCAAUAAUGGUAAACGAAAAAAUGCAUGUCUUGAGACGACCAGGAUUGGCCAAAGUUCGAUCGUUACCUGCGAACUUUAUUUACAAUCCACCGAGAGAGAGAAACAUCGAUGAUGCCUCAAUUUCCAUGUCUUUGGACGAGAAACGUCGCAGUUCGAGUUCAAGACCGUCCAAGUUUAAGUCGAAACGCCGACAAACCUUCCACUCAAGCCAUCAUCAACGAAGGUCACUGCUACCGAUGCACUUCGAGGUUGCCGAAGUUUUUGAGAAGCCUGUGAGCAACCUGAGCGUGCCUCGAAUUAUUCCACAUCGCAGCUACGCCACAACUAGUCAAGAUAGUCGCGUACAACGUUCAAGUUCAAAAUUGCAGGUGGCUACCAGUGAAACGCGUGAAAACAAGUCUCUGUUAACCGUGAGUAAGCCGCCGAUUAGUCCUUCGCUGAUCAUUUCCCCCGGCUCGAGCAGCACUCUGAGCGUUCCGCCGAGAUUGACAAGCGAUCGUUACCUUAUGCCGACCGCCGAGAUCUACCCGUCCAAAGCGACAAUGAGCCGUCGGACAUCAAGCGACACGCAAUCACCGUCACAAUCGGAUACCACGAGCGCGAGCGCAGGUGCUGGUAGUAGCAGCAGAACGCCUAGUAUUGCCAAUGGCUACGCCGGCGGCAAAGCUCGACUAGAGGCGCCAACGGCAAAGAUAGAAGAGAAAAGACGUCCGACGGCGACAACGGCGUCGACGGCACCCCAGGAAGACCUCGAUGUGCAGUCCAUUAUCAACGAGAGGAGGCCGUCCAAACUGAAGACGCAGGAUGCCACUGGCGCGCCACCUACCACCAGCAUCGCCAGCGAUCAAUAUAGCGCGAUGAUCCGCGGCGAGGGUUACAGUCAUAUCUACGUCACCACCGAGGACAGAUCCGACGAGGUUCCGUCGCCAUGUGGCAACGCGAGCGAAAGCACCGGCACCGGCAGCCUAAGCGUCGCCGGUAGUCUCAGUGCCGUCGCCAGCCUGAGCGUCGCCGUCACCGGCAGCGCAGCCGGUAGCACCAGCAAUGGUAAUGGCAAUGGUAGCGGUAGUCGUAGCGGCAAUGGGAGCGUCAACGGCGGCGGCGGGGUGCACAUCGGCGAGGGCGGCGCUAUCGGAUCCGACGUGAGAAUAUACGUGGACGACACGGACUCGGCGAGUAGUAGCAACGGACAGCGACGCGGCGGCAGAUUGCGCGACGACGAGACCCUGGACGCCUCGACCACCGUCUCCUCCGCUACGACGAUGCGAACUGGUCGGGGCAGCGGCGGCACGGACGAGAGCAAGGAUACACCCGAGAGACCGUCCUCCAACGGCGGAUCAUUGGAUCCCUCUUAAUCCAGGGCGAACAAGCCGAUGUAGCCACUAGUCAUACGUUUCGAAGAAAUGAAACGUAGUACACACAUGUUACAUGCAUGGUACACACUGCACGGCGGAAACACACUAUGGCGAAAGAUCGCGGGAGGGAUUUAAGAAAGGGCUCUAAGAAAGACUGUAGUGCAUGACAAUAUAGUCGUUAUAUUCUAGUCACUUCGCCGCCGUGAACUUGCCAAGACGAAUAAGUCGAGCAUUUAGAGGGUGGCUGAACUUUCCGGGGGGAAAAAGCGGGAGAGAGAAAAGAAUAUCCCGCGCAUCGCAUAAAUGAGAUACAAUUGCACGAACGGCAUGAUAUAAUUAGAAAAAAAUGCGUAGCCCAAAACGACUACGCGAAUUGCGCGACGUGCGCGUAUCACGCAACUUGAAAACCUAUGACAAUCUCUUAUUGCCAACGGAACUGAUCUCGUUCCGUUUUUGAAGUCGUCGAUGGAAGUCGAUUCGUAGGAAUUGGUAGAAAGAAGAACGACGUAGAUCACGUCGAUAAAAAUUAGAAAAAAAAAGAGAGAGUUGUAGUAGUUUAUAGAUAGAGAUCUUAUGUCGAGUCUACGCGACAAAACUGCAAUUAAUUGGACCACACUGUCUCGCCUUUCCUUAUUCUCUAACUCUUGAAAAUUACGUGCGAUUUGCCGAUUGGAUAUCAAAGAUGUCUACAAUCGAUCGAUAUGGAUUGUACUCACUGGAUUGACUAACGGGAGUGAUAAUUAAUCAGCCAAAUUGGAAUAAUGUAAAUUUUUUGCAAUUAUAUAUACACGUGCCUGAUCUUUAACUAGAAUAAUCAAAUUUAUAUAAAUUCUAAUUUAUCGAAUUUAGAAAGGAUAUGAUAACUAUUAUUAUCAUACAACAGUUACUUCUCGUAUUUAAGUAUUGGAAUUGUAUAGAAAUUUUGAUUUUCACGAUUAACUUCUUUAACUGGCAUUUAAGAUUCGAUCGAUCUAUUGUGACGAUUAUUGGACAAUCGGCGUUCGAGAACCGUGAUUUGUCUUCGUUUCGUUCACUUUACUCUUUUCACUAGAGCGUUCUUCUCGUUGACAUCUGUGAUAUACUUUAAUCGUAGUGUAUUUCCUAACGGUAACAGCAAAUAUCAGAAUGAAAUCAUAACAUCAGCAGCGGCAACAGCAGCAGCAGCAGCAACAACAACAACAACAGAAGCAAGGAACAGCAACAAUUUAGGGAUGAUAGUUGACUUUUUAAUAAAACGAAAACCAACGUUUCGGUGGUUUUUGUGGGGCGUAAAAAAAUAGAGAGAGAAAACAAUGGUAAAUAGGAACUCUAUAUAACUCUGUACAUACAUACACCUACGAAUAUUCUAUACUCUACACUUGGUGUGGUUUAUUUUGAUACUACCGCGUGCGGUAAUAUAUUUAACGAUUGUCGAAGUAAAUCUAACAAAAAAAAAAGAGAAAUAAGAAUAAUCAACUCUAUGCCUUUUACGAGCGUUGACGAACCUUCGUGCGGUGGUGGUGCCUGCGUUCUUUUUUUUCAACUGCAAAAGAGCGACCGACGACUCCAACUACCCUUUGUCGGGUCGAAGGUGUAGUCGCUAAAAUACUAGACGCGCCGGGCGUGUCACAUAUUGCUUUAAAAAAAAUAAUAGUAAUCGUUGACCGAUCAAUCACACGGUCGAUAUUGUAUUUUAUUUAAAAAGCCUAAUAAAAUCUUUAGUUGAGUAGCGUUUCUGCGUUGAGUUUAAAUGGAAUUCCUAAUUCAAUGCUGAUCGAAACAAUUGGACCUCAGCAUUGAAUUUUUAAUGGAAACACUUUGGCAAAUGCACAAUGGUUCCAUGGAGUUGCGCUUAACACCAGAAUGGCUUUUAAUUUACUUCAAAAAAUAAUUUCUUAUAAUAUGCAUAAAAAAUUAUAUAAUGUAGCAAGUUAACAAGCAAUGAUAUUUUAUCGUAAGUUACACUACAUUCUCUACACUAAUUAUUUCUAGAUAUUCAAAAUAGUUUUUAAAUAAAAGAUAUGAUUUUCUUAACUUGGAACUUCGUAUUAUUAUAUAAAAAGAAAGAAAGAAAGAAAGACUUGAAAGACUUUUAUAAACUGCAAGUUUUAUUAGAUUAAAAAAAUAUCUGUAGCGUCUAUCGUGAUUGUCUUCGCUGUUCUGGUGGUAAAACUCAAACUAGAAACGACGUGGCAGGAAACAAAUACGUAGCAAGUAUAGGGAGAAGCAACGAUCGAAUUGCUAUCAGAUCAAAGUUAAGUCAAAUGAGCACGAGCAAACGUGAAUUAACAAUGACGGCACCGUUUGCACUUAUUGAAGCAAGUUGUUCAUUUGUGUUUGCUUCCUAAAGCUAGAUUUGACUUUAUACAUUUUAAGGAAAGUACAUAGAUAAUCUCGUAUUCAUGCGCUUACGUACAUGUACUUCGCGUUUCUUCGGCACCACGACCGGCUCUCGAUAGCUCGAUAGCGUUAGACGACUGACCUCCGAAUUAUAGUUACUCUAGACACGCGCCGAUUACGAUCGUGCGCGAGUUCGCCGAUCAGCUGCACACGUAUCGAUAGUCCGGCAAUUGCGUACUGUAU